AGGAAAGACACUGAUCACGCUCUCUGUCUGUCUAUCUCUCUCCUUUUUGAUAUGGCAGAACAUAGCCAACUGGAGGACUUACAAAUCAUUUAGAUUAAUAUAAUUUGUUGAUUAGAACAAGACAAAAAAGUUCAUAUUGAAAUACUAAGAAUGGAAAAUGAGUAGUACAGUUAGGUGGUGUUUUCCUCAGUAACCAUCGUUCAUACUUCCAGGUUGGAAUUAAUAUGUGGGAUCAAAUUGCAUUGGAUUGAGGAUAUUCACAAUACCUGUUUCAAGGCCACAUAAACUGCACAAAGGAUUAGCGUUUGGAAGAGAAACUUUAUUUUUUGAAGAAUGACAGAAGCCAUUGAAGGACGAUCAUCUAUCACCACCACCAUGACUAUCGACAGUAAGAAUGGAGGACCUGGGUCCCCUGCUGGGAGAGUUUCCAAAACAUCUUUUAAGGAGGACUUCUACUCUACUUUUAGCUCUCCCCUAGCCUGGAUUUUGGUUCUGGCGCUAAUUAUAACUUGGUCAUGUGUUUUCGUCAUAAUGUUCGAUCUAGUGGACUACAAUACUCUUUCAGGUGGGACACAUCCUGGCAACAGGAAGGUUUGGAAGGAUUCAGCGCAUAGAGGAGGGUUAAGCAAGAUUACCCCAGACGAACACAACCUGGUGAAUGACAUUGUGGAAGAAUCAACAAACGUGAUUACAAGCCUGUUCAAAUUUGCUGGCAAUCUUAUUGCUCCUGAAGAAGAUGAAGGAAAUCUAUAUGCAGUGAGGAAAAAAGGUGAAUUUCUACCAUCUAAAAGUAAAGUUUUGGGGAUGCAAGUGGCUGAAGUUGAAGAGGAGGAAGAGACAGUGAGCAAAAAAGAGGCAGAAACGGAAGAGGAGGGAGAGGAUGAAAUGCAAAUUGAAGAAGCUAUCAUUGAUGAAGAGGAUCCACUAACGGAAGAUGAAGAUGAUGAGGAAGGAGAAAACAUUUCUAAAUCAGUCUCAGCAAGAGCUGAAAUUGGUGAUGAAGAUGUAUUAAAAGUGGAAACGGGAAAAAGAAAAAGGAAAACUUUAAUAAGCGAUAAAGAUUUUGAAGAAAAAUCUGAUGAGGAACCUGUAGCUGAUGAUGAUGAUGAUGAUGAUGAUGAUGAUGAUGAUGAUGAUGAACUUUCUCCCGAACAUGAGGAUAAAGAGUUGUUUCUAUCUGCUGGUUCCGAAACUGAUGCACUUGUUGACGUCAAGGACAAUAAAGAUGCAUUAACUCUGUCCGAAGAAGAAGCUGAUGAAACUUACGAUGAUGAAUAUGAUGAAGAUAAAAGCAGUGACGAGGCAUUUGCUGUUGCCUCAGAUGACGGUGAAUCUUCAUCAAUUUUAGAUGAGGACGAGGAGGAAGACGAUGAUGGAGAUGACAGUUUAGUUGCAAUAUCAGACAGUGAUUAUGUCUCAGCAGAAGACUCUGAUAAUGUUUUGGGUUCUGAUCUUCCUCCUGAUGCAAUUGCUAGUGAGGAUGAAGAAGAUGAUCAUGAACAUGCCCAAAAGGAAGAUAUUUUUCCACUUUUUGAUGAUCAAGUCUAUGAUGAAGAUCUAAAGUUAAAAGCUGUUGAUGAUAAUUUGGAGGAUGAUGAUCUGCACCGAUUACAAGAAGAAAUGUCUAUAGCGUCUUCUGAACACUUUGCAGAUGAUGAAGAUGAAGAGGAAGACUUCAAAGAUAAUGACUUGAUUGAUGAAGACAUCCUCAGCACAUUCAAAAAUGCUGAAAUAAGAGACUAUAAGGACAAGUCUUUUGAUCUCUCUGAGGAUGAAUUUCAUGAUUUUGGCAUUAAGGAAGUGGAAGAGAAGGAUAAAACGGAUGAUGAAGAUGUUGAUAAAACGUUAUUGGAGUUCACCUUUGUUGAAGAAGACAAAACUGAAACCACAGAACUAGACAUUAAUGAAGAUAGAUAUGAGUUUAAAGAUGAAGUAACAGAAUCCUCAGCUGAUGAAGAUGAUGUUGAUUUUGAAGAUUAUCAUCAUGGACUUGAUGACAUCAUGUUGACAGGUACAAGCCACUCUGCUGCCCCUGAGGAAGAGGAAGAGGAGGAGGAUGAAACUGAAGAGGUUGUUACUGCACCCUUGAAAUCUGUAGAGGAAUCUGACGAUAAGAAAGAGGAGUUUGAUGAAGAUGACCAAAAGGAAAAGACAAGAGUACACAGGAUUAAACCCAAAGUCCCAAAGAUUAAGCCCACAGUGUGUUCCUGUAUGCAUGCUGCAGAGACCAAAGAGUUUACAACCAGGACUAAAGAUACUAAAGUUACUCCCAGGAGGGUUUCAGCUGUGAGACGUAAAAAAGAGCAUGAAGCUUUAAAGACAGGUGAAAAGCCAAAAAAGCAAGCUCUUCCUAGAAUUACUGGUUUGAACCCAAAAGUGAUGAAGAGCAAAAGAAUUGUCCCUCUUUUCAAAGCCAAAAUACAUGAGAAGACCAAGAAAUCCAAAACAUCCAAAACAGAGGAAGAACAUGAACAGGAAGAAGAAUCCUCACAAGAAGUUCAACCUUGCAGACCUGCACCAGUUUACUGCCCAUCUCCACCAGGCUGGUAUGUUCAUCACAUAGUCACAGACAAUCCAUACCCUCCUCCGACCGUGCCAGUUUCAUCUGCUCCUGUUCUGACCAUCCAUCCUGGAGUUCCAUCAGAACAGCCUCCGUAUCAACAGCGUCAAACUCCACCACCAGUGCAGCCGCUGUAUGCACAUCAUCAAACAUAUCAGAUGCCGGCGAUGCCGCCACCACAGGAACCAGCACAACCAGUUCAACCAAUCCAGCAACAGGAACAAGGGCCAUUGGUUCCACCUGAGAUCCCAAGUCCAGCAGUUGAAGACCAACCUAAUGCAGCUGAAGUGCAGGAGCCAAAUAAGAAAAAUCAAAGAACCCGAUUUCCAGCAAUGCCAAAGAAAGUGUCUGCUGUCAAGAGUGAAGGAAGGGUGUCUAAAGAUAAGACGGAUCCAGAUCCAGAACGGCACCCACAGCGAAUAACGUUAAGAACAAGACUGGAAUCUGGCAAAAAGGGGAAUGCAACCUCUAAGGCAAAAGAAGAAAAACCCACUAGAUCUUCAUCUUCUCCGCCAGCUAACACAAGAACAAAAUCAGUGUCACAGAAGAAAAAAGAGCCUAAGUCUGAAGAUGAGAUUUCAAAAAAUAAAAAAUCAGGUCAGCGGUACUUUCAGUGCAUCUAUUACCCGGGCAAAAAGGCACAGUACCCGUUACAACCGUUUACUCCAGCCAUGUCUUCUGCAAUGUUGUCCCCUGCGGUGAAGGUGAUGCUGGACCAACAGAAAGCAGCCAAGGCAUCAGAGCAAUAGGAUAACUUUUCUGUGAAGCUGUGUCUAAUUUAUAGCACAGACACAGAGAGAAAGACAAGUGCACAGAACUGUUUUGUCCUGAAUGUUUCAUGUAUUUAUUUUAUGGUGGAGCUCAUGGGGUUGAUGUUAAUGACUCCUUUUUUCCCUUAUGAUUUCACUUAUGGGUUUUGUCUCCAGGAUUUGCCAAAGCCAUAUUUUCUGUCUUAAAUGUUUAAACUAUAACAUUUUGUGAAUAUUUUAUUGUAGAUCAUGCAUGUGUUUGUAAUUUAUAGUGUAUACUGUUUUUUUGUUGUUGUUUAGUUUAGUUUAGUUUUUUUUGGGGGGGGGGUGUCUGCCUUUUUUGUCUAAUAUAUUAAAGCUUUUUGAAACCAACAGUUUAUGGCAUGGUGAUAAGCAUUAUACUUUGUAAGAUAAACAUCACUUGUAUUUUUAAAAGUUUAAAACAUUUAUCAUUAAAUCUGCACAUAAUUUGGAGUAAACAUAUGAGUCAUCUUUCACAA